AUGAAGGUGCCAAAGACUAUCACUUACAAUAGUCUUGUUGAUCAAUUGUAUACUUUAAUCGGAGCUGACAAGUCUCGUAUUGAUCUUGACUUAAAUGUAAUCUAUCAUUUUGGAAGUAAAGGUAUCCCUCCAUCUUUGAUUAGUAAUGAUGAUGAUGUUGCUUUUUUUCUUGAUGAGAUAGGAACAUCUAUCAAUCAUCGGACACCCCUAUGUGUGUCUACUAUAGAGAAGAGAAGUAAUGAUCCUUUGGUUACUAAAACACGUGAGUUGUAUACUAUUCCUCCAGUUGAAACCAAAGUGAAUGAUGAUUUUUGCAUUGAUGGCAAUGAAGACAGUUAUGAUAAUGAAAAUAUUGAUAGGUCUACCUGCAAUGAUGUACUUGUGAAGCAUAAUUUACAACAGUCAACCUCCAAUGAAGUAUUGAAGAGCCAUGAUUCCUCAAAUAAUAGAGGUCGUAAAGUAAGACAGGUUGGUGAAGAUAAUCUAUGGAGUACUCCACUUUUGUUGAAUCAAGGGGAAAAAGGCUCUACUUCAGCCUCAACAGCUCAAUUACUGACAUCUUCUUCGAGUAUGAAUUCGUGGGAAAUAAAAGAGGGUCAAAUAUUUGAGAACAAGCAAGAGUUGAAGAUGAAACUCCAUCUUUAUGCAUUAAAGAAAAACUUUGAGUUUAAAGUAAAGAAGUCUGCGAAAAAUAUAUGGUGUACAGUAUGUGUUGAUGAUAAAUGCAAAUGGAGGUUGAGGGCUACAAAAUUGGUUAAUUCCAAUAUGUUCGAGGUUCGUAAAUUUUUCGGUGAACACACAUGCUCAUUGGAUGUUCGACAUAAAGAUCACCGUCAGGCAUCCCCAUGGCUUAUUGGACAUGUCAUAAGGAGAAAAUUUGAGGGUGAUGAUGUUAAUUACAAGCCAAGGUCAAUUGUAAAAGAUGUGAGUUUAUCAUAUGGAGUUCAUAUGAGCUAUGCUAAAGCUUGGAGGUGUCGAGAGCAUGCAUUGGCUUACAUAAGAGGUACACCAGAAUCAUCAUUUCAGAAACUUCCCUCAUUUCUAUACAUGAUGGAGCAAAAAAAUCCUGGAACUGUUACUAAUUUGCAGAUGGACAAUGAAGGUAGGUUCAAAUAUUGCUUCAUGGCCUUAGGUGUUUCUAUAAUGGGGUUUAAAACAUAUAUUCGCCCAGUUAUAUGUGUAGAUGGAACCUUCUUGACUACUCGGUGUGGAGGUACUUUGUUAUGUGCCAUGGGACAAGAUGCUAACAAGCAAAUAUAUCCAAUUGCAUUUUCAGUAGUUGACUCAGAGAAUAAUGACUCAUGGUUGUAUUUUCUACUGAGGUUGAAGGAAGCGAUUGGUGAAGUGGAGAAUCUAGUAUUCGUGUCUGAUAGACAUACUAGUAUAGCAAGUGCCUUGACUAAAAAUUUUCCUGAGGCACACCACGGUGCUUGUAUACAUCAUGUUAGCAUGAAUAUCCGUGCGAAGUUCAAAACUGACCAUUGCCAUGAAGAAUUCUUCCUUGCAGCGAAAGCUUAUAGAAAGUGA